GCGACAUCGCAAACUUCCAGCAGUUCUACUCCGUCAUCAUGGCCAAUGAGGACUGGCAGGUGCUGUACAACUGCGCUUCGCAGUCUUCGACUCCACGUCGCUACCUGCUGAUUGACCGUGGAACCUUCGACCUGUCGGCAGAUGCCAGAAAUCACUUGGCUGACAGCUUGGACCCCAUCCCUGCCGAUGAGCUUUUCAGCAUGGACGGCUCUAAAGACGAGACGGGUCGUGCAGACGCAGACGACACGGAA